ACACGCAUCUUCACGCUGCUCAGGGUUCAAACUUGGUGCUCAGACAAUUUCAAAAUGAGGAAACAUCGACAUUUGCCCUUAGUGGCCAUCUUUUGCCUCCUUUUCUCAGGCUUUUCCAUGACUUAUGCCCAACAGCAGCAUGCAGAUGUCAAAAAUGGUGCCGCUGCCGAUAUAAUAUUUCUAGUGGAUUCCUCUGGGAGCAUUGGAAAGGAACGUUUCCAACUUGUUCGAGAGUUUCUCUAUGAUGUUAUAGAAUCUUUAGCUGUGGGAGAAACUGAUUUCCAUUUUGCCCUGGUCCAGUUCAACGGAAACCCACACACUGAGUUCCUGUUAAAUACGUAUAAUUCCACACAAGAAGUCCUGUCCCAUAUUUCCAACCUGUCUUACACUGGGGGAAGCAAUCAGACUGGAAGAGGAGUAGAAUACGUAAUUCAAACCCACCUCACUGAGGCUGCUGGAAGCCGGGCCGGGGACGGAAUCCCUCAGGUUCUCGUUGUGUUAACUGACGGACGCUCGGAGGACGACCUGGCUCUGUCCUCAGCACAGCUUCAGUCUGCUGACGUUAACGUGUUUGCAAUUGGAGUUGAGGACGCAGAUGAAGGAGCGUUAAAAGAAAUAGCGAGCGAGCCGGUCAAUAUGCAUGUGUUCAACCUAGAGAACCUGACCUCACUUCAGGACAUAGUAGGAAGCUUAGUGUCCUGUGUGCGCUCUUCCGUGAGGCCGGGAAGGGCUGGGGACAUGGACACCCUUAAAGACAUCACAGCACAAGACUCUGCUGACCUUAUUUUCCUUAUUGAUGGAUCAAACAACACCGGAGGUGUCCAUUUCGCUGUCAUUCGCAACUUCCUUGUAAAUCUCCUUGAGAGGCUCCCCCUCGGAACCCAGCAGAUGCGAGUGGGGGUGGUGCAGUAUAGUGACGAGCCCAGGACCAUGUUCUCCUUGGGCAGCUUCUCUUCCAAGGCUCAGGCUCUGGAAGCAGUGAAGGCCUUGGAGUUUGCUGGGGGGGAGCUGGCCAAUAUUGGCCUGGCCCUUGACUUUGUGGUGGAGAACCACUUCACGCCGGCAGGGGGCAGCCGCGUGGAGGAAGGGGUGCCGCAGGUGCUGGUGCUCAUCAGUGCCGGGCCGUCUAGCGAUGAGAUUCGGGAUGCCGUGAUAGCUCUGAAGCAGGCUAGCGUGUUCUCAUUCUGCCUCGGAGCCCAGGCCGCCUCCAGGGCAGAGCUUCAACACAUAGCUACCGAUGACAACCUGGUGUUUACUGUCCCGGAAUUCCGUAGCUUUGGGGACCUCCAGGAGCAAUUACUGCCCUACAUUGUUGGCGUGGCCCAAAGGCACAUUGUCUUGCAACCGCCAACGAUUGUCACUCAAGUCAUUGAAGUCAACAAGAGGGACAUAGUCUUCCUGAUGGAUGGCUCAUCCAACUUGGGGCUGGCCAACUUCAAUGCCAUCCGAGACUUCAUUGCCAGAGUCAUCCAGAGGCUGGAGAUCGGACAGGACCUUAUCCAAGUGGCAGUGGCGCAGUACGCAGACACUGUCAAGCCCGAGUUUUAUUUCAAUAGCUAUCCUGGCAAAAGAGAGAUGAUAUCAGCUGUGCGGCGGAUGAAGCCUCUGGAAGGCUCGGCCCUGUACACGGGCUCCGCUCUGGACUUCGUUCGUGACAAGCUGUUCACUAGCUCGGCUGGCUACCGGGCUGCGGAAGCGGUCCCCAAGCUCCUGGUGCUCAUCACAGGUGGCAAGUCCCUAGAUGAGAUCAGCCAGCCUGCCCAGGAGCUGAAGAGGAACAGCAUCAUGGCCUUUGCCAUUGGGAGCAAGGCGGCCGAUCAGGCCGAGCUGGAAGAGAUCGCUUUCGACUCCUCCCUGGUGUUCGUCCCCGCUGAGUUCCGUGCUGCCCCUUUGCAAAGCAUGCUGCCCAGCCUGCUGGCGCCUCUCAGGACCCUUUCUGGAACCUCUGAAGUUCACGUAAACAAAAGGGAUAUCAUCUUCCUUUUGGAUGGAUCGGUCCACGUUGGCAAGACCAAUUUCCCCUACGUGCGCGACUUUGUAAUGAACCUAGUUAACAGCCUUGAUGUUGGAAGUGACAAUAUCCGUGUGGGUCUAGUGCAAUUUAGUGACACUCCGGUCACGGAGUUCUCUCUGGACACGUACCAGAGCAAGCCAGAGCUGCUGGCUCACUUGAGACGCUUUCAGCUCAGGGGGGGCUCGGGCCUGAACACGGGGGCGGCCCUGAGCUACGUCCAGGCCAACCACUUCACCGAGGCCGGCGGCAGCAGGAUUCGGGAACACGUGCCGCAGCUGCUGCUCCUGCUCACGGCCGGGAGGUCUGAGGACUCCUAUUUGCAAGCUGCCAAUGCCCUGGCCCGUGCGGGCGUGCUGACCUUCUGUGUGGGGGCCAGCCAGGCCGACAGGGCAGAGCUUGAGCAGAUGGCUUUUAACCCAAGCCUGGUGUACCUCAUGGACGAUUUCAGCUCCCUGCCGGCUCUGCCUCAGCAGCUGAUUCAGCCCCUAACCACGUAUGUUAGUGGAGGGGUGGAGGAAGUUCCACUCACCCAGCCAGAGAGCAAGCGAGACAUCCUGUUCCUCUUUGACGGCUCAGCCAACGUCAUGGGCCAGUUCCCCGCCCUCCGGGACUUUCUCUACAAGGUCAUCGACGAGCUGGACGUGAAGCCGGAUGGGACCCGGGUGGCCGUGGCGCAGUUCAGCGACGACGUCCGGGUGGAAUCUCGCUUCAACCAGCACCUGAACAAGGCAGAGAUCCUGAAUCUCGUGAAGAAGAUGAAGGUGAAGACGGGCAGGACCCUCAACCUGGGCUACGCCCUGGACUACGCGCAGAGGCACAUCUUCGUGAAGUCCGCGGGCAGCCGCGUGGAGGACGGCGUGCUUCAGUUCCUGGUGCUCCUGGUGGCUGGGAGGUCGGCUGAUGCUGUGGACGGGCCGGCCAGCAGCCUGCGGCAGAGCGGGGUGGUGCCCUUCAUUUUCCAAGCCAAGAACGCGGACCCUGCGGAGCUGGAGCAGAUCGUGCCGUCCCCCGCCUUCAUCCUCACUGCGGAGUCGCUCCCCAAGAUCGGUGACCUCCAGUCGCAGAUCGUCAGCCUCUUGAAGUCAGUGAACAAUGGAGCCCCAGCUCCAGUUUCAGGCGAGAAGGAUGUGGUGUUUCUGAUCGACGGCUCUGAGGGCGUCAGGAGCGGGUUUUCCCUGCUGAAGGACUUCAUGCAGAGGGUGGUGGAGAGCCUGGAUGUGGGUCCUGACCGUGUGCGUGUGGCCGUGGUGCAGUACAGCGACCGGACGAGGCCCGAGUUCUACUUGAAUUCUCACAUGGACCAACAGGGCGUCAUCAACGCCAUUCGCAGGCUGACCCUGCUGGGUGGGCCGACCCCCAACACAGGGGCGGCCCUAGACUUCGUCCUGAGGCACAUCCUGACCAGCUCAACUGGAAGCAGGAUGGCGGAGGGCGUCCCCCAGCUCCUGAUCGUGCUCACGGCCGAGCGGUCUGGGGACGACGUGAGGGGCCCCUCGGUGGUCCUGAAGAAGGGCGGCGCGGUGCCCAUCGGCAUCGGCAUCGGGAAUGCCGACAUCACCGAGAUGCAGAUGAUCUCCUACAUCCCGGACUUCGCGGUGGCCAUCCCUACCUUCCGGGAGCUGGGCACAGUCCAGCAGGUCAUCUCCGAGCGGGUGACCCAGCUCAGCCGUGAGGAGCUGAAGCUGUUGCAGCCUGUUUUCCUGCCCCCGUCCGGCCCAGAUGUUGGUAGCAAGAAAGACGUGGUCUUCCUCAUUGAUGGGUCUCAAAACGCCAGCCCCGAGUUCCAGUACAUCCGCACGCUGAUUGAGAGGAUGGUCAACUACCUGGACGUGGGCUUUGACACCACCCGCGUGGCAGUGAUCCAGUUCAGCGAGGAUCCCAAGGUGGAGUUUCCGCUGAACGCACACUCCAGCAAGGACGAAGUGCAGAACGCCGUGCGCAGGCUGAGGCCCAAGGGCGGGCAGCAGGCGAACAUCGGCGGUGCCCUGGAGUACGUGCUGAAGAACAUCUUCAAGAGGCCCCUGGGCAGCCGGAUCGAGGAGGGCGUCCCGCAGUUCCUGGUGCUCAUCUCCUCCAGGAAGUCUGACGAUGAAGUGGACGAUGCGGCUGUGGAGCUCAAGCAGUUCGGGGUGGCCCCUUUCACCAUAGCCAGGCACUCUGACCAGGAGGAGCUGGUGAAGAUCUCCCUGAGCCCCGAGUACGUGUUCUCGGUCAGCACCUUCCGGGAGCUGCCCACCCUGGAGCAGAAACUGCUGACGCCCAUCACCACCCUGACGGCCGAGCAGAUCCAGCAGAUCCUGUCCCGAACUCGCUUCCCUCCCCCAGCAGUGGAGAGUGACGCGGCUGACAUCGUGUUCCUCAUCGACAGCUCUGACAGCGUGAGACCCGACGGCAUCGCUCACAUUCGAGACUUCGUUAGCAGGAUUGUCCGAAGACUUAACAUUGGCCCCAAUAAAGUGAGGAUCGGGGUCGUGCAGUUCAGCAACGACGUCUUCCCAGAAUUUUACCUGAAGACCUAUAAAUCCCAGGCCACCGUGCUCGAUGCCAUCCGGCGCCUGCGGUUCAAAGGGGGUUCUCCACUGAACACCGGGAAAGCCCUGGAGUUUGUGGCAAGGAACCUGUUUGUGAAGUCGGCUGGGAGCCGGAUAGAAGACGGGGUCCCCCAACACCUGGUCCUGUUUCUGGGAGGGAAAUCCCAGGAUGAUGUUUCCAGGUUCUCCCAGAUCAUCAGCUCCUCAGGGAUUGCGAGUUUAGGAAUCGGAGACCGGAACACUGACAGAACAGAACUGCAGACCAUCACCAACGACCCCCGGCUGGUCUUCACGGUGCGGGAGUUCCGAGAGCUCCCCAACAUAGAAGAGAGGGUGGUGAGCUCGUUCGGACCCUCUGGAGCCACGCCUGCACCUCCAGGGGUAGGCCCACCCUCUCCUUCAAGACCAGAGAAGAAGCAAGCAGACAUUGUGUUCUUGUUGGAUGGAUCCAUCAAUUUCAGGAGGGACAGCUUCCAGGAAGUGCUCCGUUUUGUAGCUGAAAUUGUGGACACGGUUUAUGAAGAGGGUGACUCCAUCCAAGUAGGAUUGGUCCAGUACAAUUCUGACCCCACGGAUGAAUUCUUCUUGAAAGAUUUUUCCACCAAGAGACAGAUUAUCGACGCCAUCAACAAAGUGGUCUACAAAGGGGGGAGACAUGCCAACACCAGGGUGGGCAUCGAACACCUGCGGCUCAAUCACUUUGUGCCGGAGGCCGGCAGCCGCCUGGACCAGAGAGUCCCUCAGAUCGCCUUCGUGAUCACCGGAGGGAAGUCGGUGGAGGACGCUCAGGACGUGAGCCUGGCGCUCACCCAGAAAGGGGUCAAGGUGUUUGCAGUGGGUGUGAGGAACAUUGACUCAGAGGAGGUGGGAAAGAUAGCUUCCAACAGUGCCACGGCCUUCCGAGUGGGCAACGUCCAGGAGCUGUCGGAGCUGAGUGAGCAGGUCUUGGAAACGCUGCACGACGCCAUGCACGAAACCUUAUGUCCCGGUGUGACCGAUGUUUCCAAAGCUUGUAAUGUGGAAGUGAUUCUAGGGUUUGAUGGAUCCAGAGGUCAGAAUGUGUUUAUGGCCCAGAGGGGCCUUGAGUCCAAGGUGGAUGACAUCUUGAAUAGAAUCAGUCAGAUGCAAAGAAUCAGCUGCAGUGGCAGCCAGCUGCCCGUCGUGCGGGUGUCAGUGGUGGCCAACACGCCAACGGGGCCCGUGGAGGCCUUUGACUUUGCCGAGUACCAGCCAGAGCUGUUUGAGAAGGUCCGCGGCAUGCGCAACCAGCAGACAUACGUCCUCACGGCUGACACGCUGAAGCUCUACCAGAACAAGUUCCGACAGUCCUCGCCCGACAGCGUGAAGGUGGUGAUUCAUUUUUCUGAUGGAGUGGACGGAGACCUGGCUGACUUACACAGAGCUUCUGAGGAGCUCAGACAAGAAGGUGUCCGGACCCUGAUCCUGGUGGGCCUGGAACGGGUCGCCCACAUGGACCAGCUGUCCCAGCUGGAGUUUGGACGGGGCUUCAUGUACAACCGGCCCCUGAGCCUCAACUUGCUUGACUUGGACUAUGAACUUGCAGAACAGCUGGACAACAUCGCUGAGAAAGCGUGCUGUGGGGUUCCCUGCAAAUGCUCUGGAGAGAGGGGAGACCGCGGACCCAUUGGCAGCAUCGGGCCGAAGGGCAUUGCGGGAGAAGAUGGCUACCGAGGUUAUCCUGGAGACGAGGGUGGCCCUGGUGAGCGAGGUCCGCCUGGUGUGAACGGCACUCAAGGUUUCCAGGGCUGCCCGGGCCAGAGAGGAGUCAAGGGCUCUCGAGGAUUCCCAGGAGAAAAGGGUGAAUUGGGAGAGAUCGGGCUGGACGGUCUCGACGGUGAGGAGGGAGACAAAGGCUUGCCGGGUUCUUCUGGAGAGAAAGGGAGCCUGGGAAGGCGGGGUGAUAAAGGACCAAAGGGAGACAAGGGAGAGAGAGGAGAUGUUGGAAUUCGGGGUGAUCCGGGUGAUUCUGGACGCGACAGCCAGCAGAAAGGACCCAAAGGAGAGACGGGUGACAUCGGCCCCAUGGGUCUUCCAGGAAGGGACGGUGUAGCUGGAAGCCCAGGAGAACCUGGCAAGAAUGGAGGCUUUGGCCGAAGGGGACCCGUGGGAGCUAAGGGAAACCGAGGAGGUCCGGGCCAGCCAGGAUUCGAAGGAGAGCAGGGGACCAGAGGAGCCCAGGGCCCGCCUGGUCCCAUUGGUCCUCCAGGCCUGAUGGGGGAGCAAGGCAUACCUGGAUCUCGGGGAGGUGGAGGCACCGCUGGGGCUCCCGGAGAGCGUGGCAGAACCGGUCCUCUGGGAAGAAAGGGUGAGCCUGGAGAGCCAGGACCCAAGGGAGGCAUCGGGAGCCGCGGUCCUCGGGGGGAGACGGGAGAUGAUGGGCGAGAUGGAGUUGGUGGUGAAGGACGCAGAGGCAAAAAAGGAGAACGAGGUUUCCCCGGGUACCCAGGACCAAAGGGUACCCCUGGGGAGCCCGGGACAGAUGGAGCACCAGGACCCAAAGGUGUCAGAGGCCGGAGGGGAAACUCAGGCCCUCCGGGGGCAGUCGGGCAGAAGGGAGACCCUGGUUUCCCAGGACCAUCUGGUCACAAAGGCAACCGUGGUGACUCCGUGGAUCAAUGUGCCCUCAUCCAAAACAUCAAGGAUAAAUGCCCUUGCUGCUAUGGACCCCUGGAGUGCCCCGUCUUCCCGACAGAGCUUGCGUUUGCCUUGGACACCUCGGAAGGGGUCACUCAAGACACCUUUAGCCGCAUGCGCGAUGUAGUGUUGAAGAUCGUGGGCGAUCUGACCAUUGCUGAGAGCAACUGCCCGCGGGGCGCCCGCGUGGCCGUGGUCACCUACAACAACGAGGUGACCACUGAGAUCCGCUUUGCUGACUCUACGAAGAAGUCCGCCCUCCUGGACAGCAUCAAGAACCUGCAGGUGGCCCUGACAUCCAAGCAGCAGAGUCUGGAGACCGCCAUGUCAUUUGUGGCCAGAAACACAUACAAGCGUGUGAGGAGCGGAUUCCUGAUGAGGAAAGUGGCCAUUUUCUUCAGCAACAAGGCCACCAGAGACACUCCACAGCUCCAAGAGGCUGUGCUCAAGCUCUCCGACGCGGGGAUCACACCCUUGUUCCUCACAAGCCAGGAAGACCGGCAGCUGGUCAAUGCCUUGCAGAUCAAUAACACCGCUGUGGGGCACGCGCUUGUCCUGCCGGCGAGGAGGGACCUCACGGACUUCCUGAAGAACAUCCUCACUUGCCACGUUUGCCUGGAUAUCUGCAACAUCGACCCCUCCUGCGGAUUUGGCAGCUGGCGGCCGGUCUUCAGGGAUAGGAGAGCAGCCGGCAGCAAUGUGGACGUGGACUUGGCUUUCAUCUUGGAUGGCUCGGAGUCCACCACCCUGUUUCAGUUCAACGAGAUGAAGAAGUACAUCGGUUACCUGGUCCGGCAGCUGGAGCUGAGCCCAGACCCCAAGGGGUCCCAGCACUUUGCCAGGGUGGCUGUUGUGCAACACGCCCCCUACGAAUCUGUGGGCAAUGCCAGCCUGCCGCCGGUGAAGGUGGAAUUCUCCCUGACGGACUAUAGCUCUAAGAAGAAUCUUCUGGAUUUCCUCAGUAGGGGAAUGAGGCAGCUACAGGGCAGGAGUGACCUGGGCAGCGCCGUCGAAUACACUGUAGAGAACGUCUUUGAAAGUGCACCCAACCCUCGGGACCUGAAAAUUGUGGUGCUGAUGCUGACUGGCCAGCUGCAGAAGCAGCAGGUGGAGGAGGCCCAGAAAGCCAUCCUGAGGGCCAAGUGCAAGGGCUACUUCUUCGUGGUUCUGGGCAUCGGCAGGAAAGUGAACGUCAAGGAGGUGUAUAGCUUCGCCAGUGAGCCCAACGACGUCUUCUUCAAACUAGUGGAUAAGUCCACCGAGCUCAACGAAGAGCCUUUGAUGCGAUUUGGGAGGCUGCUACCCUCCUUUGUCGGCAGUAAACAUGCUUUUUACUUGUCUCCAGAUAUCAAGAAACAAUGUGAUUGGUUCCAAGGGGACCAACCGAUAAACAAUGGUGUGAAGUUUGGUUACAAACAAGUAAACAUUCCAAACAAUGUUACUUCAAGCCCUACCAUGAAGCCUGUGACCACCACAACACCCACCACUAUUGUCAGUCUGCCUCCCGCGAAGCCAGCUCCUGCGAAGCCAGCGGCCCCCAGCACAGCCACAGUCAGGCCUGCAGUGGCUGCGAAGCCAGCGGCCUCGAAGCCUGCAGUGGCAAAGCCAUCCGCGGUGAGACCACCUGCCGCGGCUGCAGCCAAACCAGCUGCCACUAAGCCAGAGGCCCCCAGGCCACAGGCCAAACCAGCCAUCACCAAGCCGGCCAUGGCUAAACCUGUAGUUCAAGCGUCCCGCGAAGUCCAGGUGUCAGAGAUCACGGAGAACAGUGCCAAACUCUCCUGGGAGAGGCCCGAGCCGCCCAGUUCUUAUUUUUACGACCUCACCAUCACCUCGGCCCACGACCAGUCCCUGGUUCUGCGGCAGAACCUCACGGUCACCAGCCGCAUCGUCGGGGGCCUGCGGGCCGGGCAGACGUACCACGUGGCGGUGGUGUGCUCCCUGCGCUCUCAGGUCCGGGCCUUCUACCAGGGCAGCUUCAGCACGCAGAAAAUUCAGCCUCCACCUGUACAGUCAGUGCAGACAGCGUCUAGUUCCGCCACCAACCUCAUAGUGAACACGAAACCAUUGGAUUUCACUCAAACAGAUAUAUGUAUGUUGCCCAAGGACACUGGAACAUGCAGAAAAUUCGUGGUGGCCUGGUACUAUGACUAUCACAACAAAAGCUGCGGGAGGUUUUGGUUUGGAGGCUGUGGGGGCAACGAGAACAGAUUUGACUCACAGGAAGCAUGCGAAGCUGUUUGUGCUCCUGGGCUCACCAAACCAGUCAUCAAUGUGAUCGGCACCUAGGCGUGGCUGGCCAGCAACACAUACCUCUUGAGAAGAAGGAAGCAGCCAUUUCCAACGGUCGCUGUAGAAGCCGGGGCAGACUCCCCGGCGCCAGGCAUUUUCCGGCUUUGAUGGACACUCGACCUUGGGAGGAAGCCUUCUGCUCUGCCGCUCCACCUGUCUCUAUGGUGCUAACUGUGUCUGUGGAGCCCUUGCUGUCUCCAGACAGUUCCAUCGUAUACUUUGAACUAUUGUGUAAUAGUUAGCCAAUGCUGGUGUUUAUGUGAACAUUCCUAUGCAUUCAAAUCCCCUCUGGAGUUUCCUGUUACACUUGUUCUGGGAAAAUUUAAGUUCUAGAAAAUAAUUCCAAUGUCACAGCUCCUUUUUAUAUACUUCUGCUUGAUUCAUUUUUUUUUCUUAGUUAAGCACGGCUGUAGAUGGAAAAACAAAAAUCCAACUUUUUUCCUUCCCCACCCUCUAGACUGCUGGAUUAGCUCAUUUUCUUAUUCUAAAUCCUCCAACAAAUGGUCUAGUUAGAAUGAGGCAAACCCCAUUGAUCUGUGUGCACUGUUUGGGACCAAAGCCUUAAUUAAGGAUUGAAAGAAAGUCAUCAUAGAGAAUAUUUUUGGAAUUCCUUUAGUGUGUUAUUUUUGGGGGGGAGUCCAGGGAGGGGUAGGGUUUAAUUUUAAAAUCUUUAGGAAAUUUAUACAAAGAAACUUUUUAAUAAAGUAUAUUGAA